CCGCAAAUAGAUCGAUCCCCGCCGCCCGACCUUGAGCAUGCGCGUCGACGACGAUGCCGACGACAGUAGUAGUAGUAGGACCAGCAACCCCGAGGACAUGGCUAUUUGCAAUCGGCUCAUGAACCUGCGCAACGUCGAAGCCAUGCAUGCCAUGGAAGACGAAGUGCUCCGUCUGACUCGAAAGCUGCGCGACAUCGAAGCGCGGGACAAAGCUCAGCAGUCGACGGAUUCACACUUGUCGUUUGUACUGCAGCGGAACCAAGAGCUCGAGCGCAUCAUCGUGUCGUCGUUUCAAGAAACAGAGUCGUUGAGACAGGAUCUAGCGCGGCUGCAGAGGAAACUCGACGUGGUCAAUACUAAACGAUUGGCCACCGACGAAAUAAAUCAGUUGCUGGCCGAGGAUAUCCUAGCACAAGCUUUAGCCAGACACGCGGCGCAAGGUAGCUGGCUCGCGCGUUGCGAGGUAUUGCAACAACAGUGCCGGGCUAUCUCGCAAGACUUGGAGAUGCGCACAACAGAGCUUGCAGCUCAAGUGCAGCAAAACCAGACCCAAAUACAGACUGUGGACCGGUUGCAAGAAAUGUUGUAUCGCAUGGAAGGCCGAGAACUCGACUUGACGACAUUGUUAGCGCGAUCGGAGUUCAAACUCAGUCAACUGCAGAAAGAAACCGAACAAAGUGCCCACGCCUUGCUGACCACGUUAGAAACCACGCUGGAAAUCAAACAACAAACGCUAAAAGUCGAAGAGGUGGCCCCAGAUGCCUCUAGACCGUGCGUUGGAUGUGGCGACUGGCAAACUGCCAAAGGCAAGCACAGGCGGCAGCUCGAUACGUUGGCACGACAACGAGAUAAACUCGCCAAGGACCUACUAGACGAACGGGAAGCGGGGAAUUUUGCACGAAAUAGCGUCGCAGCGAAAGGCGAGGAAGUUAGGACCCUUAGAACUCAAUUGGCGGUCGCUACGCAACAACUCGACAAGAUGCGCCAAUACAUAAAAGAAGCUGAAAACAGCACCUCGUUUGAACGCUACGUGAACCUCAAGACGGAAAACUACGUUCUCAUCCAACAACUGGAACAAGCUAACACGGCAACCCCCUCCCGGGACCACGACCCCGUAGCGGACGGGUCGAAACGGCGACUCACCAAGCCCAAGAACGUCGUCAUGCCAUUGAUCGGGUCGUCCAGCAACAAUGCACAACGCCCUGGGUCGUGGUUUCGACUGAAUUGCUAGCUGUUGGUUGUCCGCCCUUGUAAAUAUAACAUCCAAGACACAAUCGUUU